AGUGUAGUGUAUUGUAAGGGUUUCGUUGACAUGCGUCGAACUCCGUUGCGUCCAGCCGGCGCGCGUCAAGGCGCGAGUCUUUCGUCGCCGCGCGAAAACACUUAUCGAAAACCACCCAAUGACGGUAACGCCAAAAAACACUCCGGACGAAGAACAGCUCGAAACACGUAUGCUGAUCUCGAUCAGAUGUAUCUUCUGCCUGAAAACUCCACAGCCCACACCAAGAUUUCCGACGAAACUCCUAAACCGCGGACCCGUCACCUGCCUGAGGAGUUCUUCACGGAAGACAACUCCAAUAUCGCGGUAAAAAAUCUUCCCAAGACGGCACAGCCUGAAACAUCGGCUGCGGAAGAGUCUAUUCUUAAAAAAUGGGAGGCUUGGAGCACGCAGAUGAGCACCCAGCUGGCUCUGGAAAAUGCGGUGUCGGCAACCCCGUUGGCUCGAAGCUCUCCUAGGAAUGGGUCCUUUCACAACGUUUCGCAGUCGUCCAUCCACAGUAUUUCGAAGCUUCGACCUGCAAGCGCCAGGAGUUUGUCGCCUGCGAUUGAAAGCGGGCGGCGGUCUGCGUCGCGGUGCUCGUCGCGUUCGCGACAGAGCAGUCUGGUGAGUACAGUUGUCGAGCCAUUCAAGGUUGGUGAUCGUAUGACUGCAAGCGCUGAACGGAAGCGUCAUCGGCCUCAAUCAACGAAAGGAAGCAGAGAGCUACUCUUCAGAAGGGCGUUAGGGUUAGAAGAUGACAAGAGCGACAUUCAAAAUGUGUCUACAUCUGUCCAGUCGAGACGCGCGGCUCCUGCUCCAAGUCCUUUAAUCACCUUAUCGACGGCGAGUUCUUCACCCAGACAACCUGCGGAGUUACACCGUUCAUUGCCGUCAGAAGUGAACAAGGAAAAUGUUGAUCCGGAUCAUUCCCAGCAGGCAACAAAAGACUCAAGGCGAGAGCUGGAGAAGCCGGGGACAAAAGGCUCAACUGAGGCAGCUGCAUCAAGCACAGUGCUUCAUAAGGAUCUGGCCACGCAGGAAGCGAGUUUACUGAGGCUGAGUGAAUUGCGAGAAACUGAGAAUCAAAGAGAAGAAUGGGUGAAAAAGUCAAUUGCGCUUCUAGAAUCAAACGACCAACAUUUUGCGGAAAGCGUUGAAGGGCAAACUGUACCCACGAAAGCUGAAUCUCACGAAGCUCCUUCUCCUGUAACAAGGCAACUAGUGCCAGAAUUGAUGGAAGAUAAGUGGCAUCUUCCUGUUGGGAAAGCUGCGCAAAUGAUAUGUGGUCGCGUUGUAGUUCAAACUAUCGACAACUGUCCUGUUCCCUCAAUCGGCUAUCGUGAAAGCAGAAAGAGACACGUUGCUGACGAAGGUGACGGUAACUCACCAAAUGACGAUACAGCUCACCAUUGGGUUGAAUGGCCCAUAGAUCGAGCUUCGGUAACGGUAUUGUUCGUCGACCACCACGUAGAUGACGACCAAUUGUCAGCGUACGGCGUCGAAGUUUCGUCUCGUGAUGAGUGCGCCUCGGAGGUACUACCAGACUGGAACGAGUCACGGAGACGGUUUGCACCAGCUCCUUUGGAGGACUCAAUAUGUCCUCAGUAG